GCCGAAUCAAGGAUGCCCCACCUAUCCCACCAAGAGCGAGAACCCGCCGAGGGGCAGGGGCGUGGCCGUGGUGGAUGACGGGCGUGGGUUUUCGAUUUUCGGCUUCCACUUCCCACGCUUUGCAAAUCGACGUGGGUGGGCUGCCCGUUUGUGAGGUAAAGGCGCGAGCUUUUUGCUUGUUGCGCUUGGUCGCUUGCCCACGCCCACCUUUGAUCUGACGAAUGUACUUCGUACCCAGAAAGGACGCUCCGUCGAUAAAUACAAGCUCGUCUCCAGACCUCUCCUUCCCAUGUGUUUAGGCUGUUUCUUCUUACCCAGGCAUACCGCUUGGUUCAUGUCACACCCAACCUUUGAAGAUGCCGUCAUUCAACCCAUUCUCGACCGUCACAGGCAAGCAUGCUGCUUCGCUUUUUGAGAUCAGACUAGACAAUGAUUUUAUCGUAUUUCGCGGUGGAGAGGACGAGUCUGCCGGUCAGGUCCUCAAGGGCGUCGUGGUGCUCUGCCUGCCCACGCCGCUGAAGAUCGAAGAUGUCCACCUGCGACUGACUGGCACCCAUCGAUUAACGUGGGAUUACUCCAAGACCGCCGCUUCUGGCGUCUCUAGCCAAAAAGUCGACAAGACCACCACACUGCUCCAACACCGCUGGGCUCCGUUUGUCGGCGGCACUGGUGGCAAGAACACCAUCUUGCCGGCCGGCAACUAUGAGUGGCCUUUUGAGUACACCCUGCCUGGCAACACCGCCGAGAGUGUCGAAGGUAUUCCCGAAGCGAGCAUCACCUACAAGCUCAAGGCUACCGUCGCCCGCGGCAAGCUCGCCUACGAUCUGCACGCUUACAAGGCGCUGCGCAUUAUCCGCACCCUCGAACCCGCCGCCCUCGAGUACCUCCAUGCCAUGAGCGUCGAGAACAUUUGGCCGAACAAGGUCGACUACUCCAUUAUCAUCCCGCAAAAGGCUGUAGUCUUUGGCGCCACAGUACCAUUACAGAUGCGAUUCACACCCCUCCUGAAGGGUCUCGAAAUGGGGGAGAUUUCAGUCAAGAUGUUGGAGAUUCGAGAAUGCACAUUACAGGGGCCUACGGGCAACGUCUUCAAGGAACACCGAACCGAAAGAGAAGUCUCCAACUGGAAGUUCGACGUCGAGCGCGAUGAGCACUGGCACGAUACGAUCGAAGACACUGGCCAAGAGGGGUGGAUGGUUGAGAAGAAGUUGAACCUUCCCAAGAGACUGCGACAGUGUGUCCAGGAUCUCAACCACAACGGUAUCAAGGUGCGACACAAACUCAAGCUUGUUGUCGCCCUGAAGAACCCCGAUGGUCACAUUUCAGAGCUCCGUGCGACUCUUCCCGUCUCCAUCUUCAUCUCUCCCAAUAUGCCUCUUGACGAGCAUGGAGUUCUCGUCGACCAGGCUCCUGGCGCACCGGCCACGGCUGAAGUCACUCGUAUCGCACCACCCGGCUAUGGCGAGCAUGUUCUCGACCAACUCUACGAAGACGUCGACAUGAGCGGCUUCCAGACCCCAGCUAUUCAGUCUGGCUUCAGCAGUCCUUUCUACGCGCAAUCUCGCGCCGGCUCAUCAGAGAACCUUGCUUCUCUGGCCGUGAUGAACGGCCACGGUGUUGCUCCCGCCGCACUGUCACAUCGCCUCCAGAACGUGUCUCUCGAUCCCACGAACCGCAACACUUCUUUCAACUCAUUGAAAGCCAUCACGGAGGACGUCGCAGCCCCGACAUCCGUCCCUACGGGAGAAAACUCGCAAUCACAAUCGGCAGCUUUGACCCGCCACAACAGCGCCGAGGAACACCCCAACUCGCACUCUUCAGGACGUAACUCACCUGAGCACCUCGACUUCCCUGACAUGGCUACCCUAAGCAAGGUGCCUAGUUACACAACAGCCGUCAAGACUCCCCUUCGGCGAGGCCCGAGUAGCGACGCGCUCCCCGACUACUUCUCUGCCAUGAGCGCCCCCAACACGCCUCCCGCGAGCGAGGUUCCUGUCGCAGACCCGCUUGGCAUGAUCCCCGAGCACGAAGGUGCCGGCAGCGAGCCGACUACUCCUGGCGGCUCGCACCGCUCAUGGCACCGCCCCCAAAGCAUGACCAACUUGCUCCAUGCUGUGCAGGGUGGCGGAGAAGACCGCCGUCUUCACCUCAUCCAAGGACGGGAGAGAGUUUAUUAGGGCUAUUUCACAACGAUGCGAUUCACAUCAUACUCACUUGAUUAAAUUACGACUAUAGAGGGCAGCAAGCACUAUUUCGGGCAUGGCAUUGGCGUUGGCGGUUGGAAUGGGAUACUUUCCCAUGGGCUAGGUCUUUUUGAGAUUUUUUAUAGGAUAUAGAUUUGCGCCUUGGAGGCAUCAGGACUCAUCGGCUGCUUGGAGACACACACAAAGUAUACGGAACGAUAUAAUACUUUACGGGAUCUACUACUGGGGCGACAUUGGGAAAGGCAAAUAGGGCUGUACGAUAUACCCACCGCUUAGAGCGCGGCAUGUCGAUUGCGAGAUACCAAAGAUGACAAAAAAAGUCAAGACUCGAUUUUUC